AUGGCAGCAGAUUUACAUCCUCACGAUCAGCAUGGGCGGCACGGCACCCAUGACAUUGUGCCUCAUGGAGCGAAGGAAAGAUCGCAGCUGGAGGAGUCAGUACGCAAGACAAAGCUUCCCCCGCUUUCUUUAGCCAGAGACGAUUUCCCCUCUGUGGUGUUAUCUGAACGUUACCGCGACCGGGAUAUCAAGCUCUCAGCCGAUAGGCUUAUAUGCCAAGGACACAAGGGGUGGGCGAGCGUGUUUGCGACGCACGCAUGCAGCAGUGGCUGCUACUAUUUCGAGGUAGAGGUGCUUAGCCCCGAGACGAACUCCCUUCACUUUUCAGGGUACCCUGCUGAUCUCCAACCGAAGGUUCACCCGUACUUCAGAGUUGGCUGGGCUUGCCGUUAUCAGCGAUUUGAUCUUCCAAUUGGCACAAACGCCUUUUCGUAUGCCAUCUCGGACUUUGGAGGUUGUUGUAUGCUACAUGAGGCCCGGCGGCAGCAACCACAGCAGCUGCAACAAGAUGUCCAAAUAAAUCCAAUCGAAGCGUUGGCCGCUUACCACCUCAUCGCAAUUCCUUUCAUCGAUACUUGCGCUGCAGAGGAAGGUGACGUUAUUGAGGAAGGUGACGUUAUUGGCUGUUACAUCUGCAUUCCGGAACCGGUUUCGUGGCCUCCAGACCCUCGUGAAGACAGCAAGCUGUAUGAAUUUCUGCAAGCGGGCAUCCUUUGUUGCCCGGAAACGCCACCAGAGCCCAGGCGCAGCAAACCCGAGGAAUCUUGGAUAGACUUCUCCUUAAACGGGAACAAAUUGCCGCGAGUCUUCGCUGGAAUCAGCGAGGGCGACUAUCAUCCAGCGAUAUCCCUCUACAUGGGCGCCAGGCUGCGCUUUAAUCCCGGUCCCGACUUCAAGUACCCUCCGGCAGAGUCUGAAGGGGCUCUCGGUGCCUGCUGCAUGCAACGCCCCUUCAUCCCCUGA